AUGCAGACGCGCAAAUGCACGAAUUCGGGCAGCGGUCGAUCGGCGGUUUUCGACCGACCAAAAUUAAUUCUCUAA